AUGUCUAAUGAAGCUUCGAAAACAGCGCGCAUUCGCGGCUGGUGCCCUACUAACCUGAUUGAAAUGAAAAAAUUCUUUGGGCUAAUUUUAUACAUGGGUAUAGUUAGGCUUCCGAAAGUAGCUGAUUACUGGACCACAGAUAAAAUCAUUGGACAGCAGUUUCCGCGAACCAUUAUGUCUCGCAAUAGAUUUGAGCUACUACUUGCAAUGCUUCAUUUUUCACAAGAAGAUGAAGAGAAUACUACCGAUCGCUUACACCGCGUUAGAGACUUGGUGGAAGUAAUGAAUGCAAAUUUUAAAAAAUCGUACACGCCUGGCGAAGAUUUAUGUAUAGAUGAAAGUGUGGUUCCUUUUCGCGGGCGAAUUAUAUUCCGGCAAUACAACAAGCAAAAACGCCAUAAGUAUGGGAUUAAGUUAUUUAAACUAUGUACCUUGCCUGGAUACACAUACAAAAUUAGCAUUUAUGGUGGAAAACAGAACGAUGACGUUAAUACUACGCCUACCAAGGUUGUUAUGGCGCUAUGCGAUGAUUUACUAAAUAAAGGACAUACUCUGUAUACCGACAAUUGGUACACAAGCGUUGGAUUAGCAAGAGAACUUUUGAAGAACGAAACGCAUUUGGUUGGCACUUUGAGAAAGAAUCGAAAGCAUUUUCCCAAAGAAAUUGUAUCAACAAAAUUGAAGAAAGGGCAAUAUAUAGCAAAAGAGAGCAAUGAUAGAAUCACUGUAUUGAGAUGA